AUGCCGGGAAUUUUCAGAAGAAUAUUUGUUAAGAUAUUUCUUAGAAAGCGUACACAAAAGAAUGAUGGGACCAACGAGAGAUCGGUAGUCGGUAUAAUCACUACCAGUGAUGAUACCAAAAUCGAAAAUUUGGAAGAUGACAACAAUAACUAUAAUCAGAACUAUAAUCAGAUAGACGAUUCCAUGUUAAGACCCAUAUCCGUCAACAAUAAUCCUGCGGACCGACUAAGCUCUAGCACACGCAGAGAUUGGAGAAGCGGGUACAAACCAAUCGAUGAGUUCCUGCAGGAGAUGCGGUUGGAAUAUCCCCAUCCUACUCAACAUCUUAAUUGGGUACCGUUUGAGGAAUUUGUGAAUUAUAAAACCGUUGCGAAGGGUGGAUUUUCGACGAUUUAUGAGGCUACGUGGACUACAUCCGGACAAAUAGUGGCACUGAAGUGCUUGAGCGAUUCUCAAGAUAUAAGUACAGAAUAUUUGAACGAGCUCAAACGAAACUGGAUUCUACUUUUGCAACCUCAAUUUCUGCGAUGCUUUGGGAUCACCCAACAACCAACCACAGGAGAAUUCAUGAUGGUCAUACAAUAUGCGCCAUUUGGCGAUCUAAGAUCACACCUUCAGAACAAUCAGACAUUAAGUUGGAAGGACAAAGUUCGAAUCUUGAAGCAAAUUGCUCGCGGAAUUGGUGAAAUGCACAAAAGAGAUCUGGUUCACGGAGACUUGCACAGCGGCAAUGUGAUGAACCUCGACAACACUCAUUUCGUUAUUGCCGACGUCGGACUAUGUGGGCCCGCUAAUAAAUCCACUGAAAAAAGUGGGAUCUAUGGAGUCAUCCCGUAUCUUGCUCCCGAAGUGCUCAAGGGUCAGGAACAUUCGAAAAAGUCUGAUGUAUAUAGUUUUGCUAUUAUAAUGUGGGAAAUAUGCUCAGGUGUUAAACCAUAUAUGAAUGUGGCUCACGACAUUAACCUUGUCAACGACAUUUUAAAUGGAAGACGCCCUCCCAUUCCCGUUGGUACUCCAUCAUUUUACUCGGAAUUGAUGACAAGUUGUUGGGACGCGGAUCCAAUAAAGCGACCCGACUUCGUCGAGAUCUCAAAUACAAUUUACCGCUGGCUGGUAAACGACUCGCUGGAAUCGUCACUUCGUAAGAACAGCAUGAAAUCAACAAUUAAGAAUCUCUCCAAUAAGAAAACACAACAUCCGGAUGCUGUGUACCACAGUAGAUUAUUGGAUUUCCCGGAAAUUAAGGAGACGCGCAGACGUCAAUAUCUUUCGCUAAACAUCCCGCUUUCCGGUCAAGAGACAGUGAACGAAUCACAAACAUCCGUAGAUGAAAGUGACCAAACACAAAUUUCCACAGAGACAUCGCCAAACCAAUCACCAUCUUCACCUCACUCAACUAACUCAUUCAAUCGUUCACAGUUCCGAAAUUCAUACAACUAUCCACCAACUUCCCGAGACAAUGCCAACUAUACUCCAAACUCAAAAGAAGUAUAUAAGUUUGCACCUCCUAAAGAUGCCUAUAGCUUUUUAUCACACCCCCCUCCGAUACCAGCAAAUCAAAAUGAAAGAACAUUAAGUAACUCCCGAGUCCCAAAUAAUGUUCUCAGUAUUUUCAUACCGGAUGAUGAUAUUCAAACAUUACAAUCAUUUUGGGCGACAGAAGGAAGAAACAUGAGUAGAAAAAGUCUUUCAAAUUUAAUAUAG